CCACGCGAGUCUUCGUUCAUUCCCUCGCCGCCGCCGCCGCCGCCGCCGCCGCCGGCGAAAUGCUCCGCUUCCGCAGCUGCAUCCUCCUCACCCGUCUCCUCUCUUCUCCCACCGCCUCUCCCUCUCAAGGAUCCUCUCUCCGCCGCCUCCUCGCCGCCGCCGCUGCCCCCCGCAUUUCACCGAACCCUAGGUUCGCCGUCGAGGACUACCUCGUCUCCACCUGCUGCCUCAGCCGUGCCCAGGCACUCAAGGCCUACGCCAAGCUCUCCCACCUCAAGUCCCCCGCCAAGCCCGACGCCGUCCUCGCCUUCCUCGCCGGCCUCGGCCUCUCCGCCGCCGAUGUGGCGGCCCUCGUCGCCAGGGACCCGCAGUUCCUCUGCGCCAAAGUGGAGACGACCCUGUCCCCCAAUGUCGCGGGGCUCACCAGCAUCGGCCUGUCAAAUGCUGAGAUCGCGCGACUCGUCUCGCUCGCCCCCGGCUACUUCCGCAACAGAUCGGUCGUCUCCAAGCUAGAGUACUACCUGCCGCUCUUCGGUUCCACCGGCGACUUGUUCCGGGCGCUGAAAUACGCCUACAGCUUGCUCGGCUCUGACCUCGAGAGGGUGGUCAAGCCCAAUGUCAAUCUCCUAGCAGAGUGCGGGCUAGGUGCUUGUGAUAUUGCCAAGCUCAUCAUCGGUGCGCCGAGGAUGUUUAGCGCCAAACCAGGGCGCGUCCUGGCGAUGGUUGCGUGCGCCGAAGGUAUAGGUGUGCCCCAUGGCUCUGGAAUGUUCAGGCAAGCGCUGCAUGCUGUCUCAUACUUGAGCGAGGACAAGCUCGCUGCCAAAGUGGACUACUUGAAGAAGACAUUUAGGUGGUCAGAUACGGAGGUCCGCAUUGCUGUGUUCAAGAGGCCGGUUGUGCUGAGGAGGUCAAAGGACACGCUGCAGCGCAUGUCAGAGUUCCUUAUCUCUGAGGUGGGGUUGGAACCAGCACGCAUUGCUCACUUGCCGGUUAUGCUCGGUCUUAGCCUGGAGGGCCGGCUCAGGCCCCGGUACUAUGUUAUGAGGUUUCUUAGGGAAAAUGGAUUGCUCAAGCGCAACCAAAGCUACUAUACAAUUGUUAAAUGGACUGAGAAAGAGUUCUUGGACAAGUUCAUAUGCCCUCACAAGGACGCUGCACCAUACCUUGCUGAAGACUAUGCAAGCGCUUGCAGAGGGGAAGUGCCUGCGAGAUUCAUAUUUGCAUGAACCAAGAACAGGCUAUGAAAAUUGGUAACUGUGUGCGAAACAACAGAAUUUACACUCGUCGUAUUAAGCUGGUAAUUCAUGAUUAGGUGUUCUUCUCAUGAUUGAAGUUUGGUUUUGUCGUGGCCAAUGCUUGACGUAACUGAUAACUUGAUUUCUGCACCCCCAGUAUGUUGAUUUUGUCAUUUUGUAGAGAAGAAAGCUUGAUGUGAUUGAUCUA